AUGUCUUCGCACCAGAUCUCAGUCCUGGACAGGUUGACAGUUUUCUUAAAUGAUUACGACCGCUGGCAAGAUUUCUUGGUCAACGGUGGAAACGCCCAUACUGAAGAAUGGUAUCUUGGAUGCAUGGCGGAAAAGAUCGCAUACUUCGACACUGCUUUUAGAGAAGCCUCCUGGGAACGGACAAGUUGGGACCAACUCUUCCCGAAAAGAAGCCCAAAACACCAACAACAACAAUCGGCAACAAGACAUGAGCAGACGCUGGCAAAAUCAGGAAGACCAGAAAUGCUAGCAGAAGUUGAAUCAUCGGUGGAAACCUCAACGUUUCAAGCAGGAUCGGUUUUCGACGGCCAAAUGGGACAGCUGUCUACACCAAGCACAACUGCGAGCUCGGUCUCCGACAAUCCUCCGAUAGGCCCGUUGCAACAUGGAUUUUUCCCAAAGCCCUGCAGUACAGAUGGCGACAGUGAUGUGUCUUCUGAAGAGAACUUUCGGACAGACGAGGGAUGGGAUGCGGGGAAGGAAUACCAUGCUAUGGAUAUUUCUAUUCGAAGAGUGCUAUCUGCCAGUCCAGAAUACGCCGAUGCCAUAAUUGCCGCCCUCCAAUGUCGACUUCGAUAUUUCACAACGCAAAGCCAGGAUUCUUUGAUUAUAUCGGAGUUGCGCACGAUAAUCCUCCGUACCUUGCAUAAUCAGGCGGAAUACGAGGCCGUCGAUGAAGGAAGCUCCUCGGAGGGAAAGCGACCUACUGGCGAUACUAGGGCAGGAACUGAAAGUUCAGCAACAUUUGCGGGCUCAUCCAUUACGACCCAGUCACCAUCGCCUGUGAAACACGAGAGAGACAAGGACGAAGAUGAAGAUGACGCCCAGAAGAAACCGCCGAGCAAAAAGCCUUGUCACAACUUGUCGGAGAGACACUGGCUCUGUCCCUACUUCGUGCGGCAUCAAAGCUUGGUGAUUGGAGCUUGCCGAACGCCGACCACAUUCAGAUCGUUUAGCGAUCUAAAGAACCAUCUACGAAGGAGGCAUUGUACGGGCUCCCGGGAGGGUGGCGGUCCAAGCCGUCCCGAGCUGUACAUGUCUGAUCAGCACUGGGAAGCAAUUGAAGCAGUAUCCGAUGGAGCCAACAAGAAGAAACACAAGAAAGGAACCAAAGCUGCUUUUGAAAAGCAACUAGGAAUGUUCCAGGCAGUCUGGCGCAUUCUGUUCCCGGCGGCCGGCGCUGGGCCAAAGUCCCCUUUCUGUGAGGACUUCAUAAUUGAGGAGAUUGGAUUGCUUUCCGAUUCCAUUUUCGACUCUCGAUCGCAACAAGCUUUCGAGCGCGGCGAGAUCUCCAACCCGACAGAAUACCGUGCAAACCGCACAGAGUUCAGUGAGAUCAUGCAGCAACUCUUUGCAAUUGUUGCCGACUACAAGCCGAAGAUUGCAGAUCAGUUUCGAGAUCUCUUCUUGUUGCCCACUACGGGCAUGAUUAGUGGUCACCGGAUAUCGCUGCCCGACAUAUCUGUCGGCGAGGAGCCCGGCCUUUCUCGCAUCUCUGCAGAUGUGCGAGAGUGGCAAUCUCCACAACCAUCAGAGCUGACGGCUGCUUUCGUCACUUCUUGCGGCGAAAGUCCACCGCAUCCAAGCUCGUCUUAUUCAGCCUCCGACAGGACACUGGUUCAGUCAGACCCAGCUGCCGCAGGUUCCACCGGUGGAAAGAAGUUAUACGACGAAGAACCUCAACAGGGCAUUGAGUCUAGAGUGCGACAACCAAGCACAGGACCAGAAAUGGCGACGAAUUGGGAAACCAAAGUAGUUCGCAGCGAGCUUGAGUGGCCAACUCAUGAAACGGACCAUUUGCACACCCAGCGGGUGUCGUCACAGGCCAUGAGCAACUGUCAGCCACCAAGAGCUCAAUCGGGGGCCCCGACGUCUCAACUUCUCAAAUCUCCGUCAGUUCAGCAGUCGACAACGCCUUUUCUAGAUCAGAUGGUGGACAGUUUGUUACCAUUUGAGGCUGGUUUCGACGAUGGCUGGAAGGGGUGGACGUGGGAAGACGGAGAGUGGGAUUCAGCGAGUGAUUUGACCUUUUCGGACCAGUUUUCUUUCAAUCAACCAGUCACGGAUACCGAGGAAUCUUGGAAGCAGUCAUUCGAAUUUGCCGAUGUGCACACGUAG